AUGUCGGCUGCCAUGGACAGAGCUUUAAUGGCUCUUUCGCUAGAAGAUGAAGAAGAGGAGACUCCGUUUAUCAUGCCGGAUCUUCCUGAGUUCAGUUCUUCUGAAGAAAACUCCCUAAGCCUUAUGGGGAGAGCUCUUAACCCGGAAUGCCAGAAGAUGUCGGGUCUUAUCCUAACAAUGCCGAGAAAAUGGCAAAAAGAAGGAAGAGUGAGAGGAAUAGCUCUGUCUAAUGAGAAGUUCCAGUUCAUCUUCAACUCUGAGCAUGACCUCCUAGAUGUUCUGGACAAAGGGAUUCAGACCUACAAUGAAUGGGCUUUGGUGCUUGAGAGAUGGAAGGAGAAUCCGCCGGACGAUUACCUUCAGUUUGUGCCGAUUUGGGUUCAAAUAAGCCAGAUUCCGGUGAACUACUACAACACUAAGGCUCUCUGGACUUUGGGAGACUUACUUGGAAAAACUAUGGUAGUCGCAUUUGAUCCUUCUAAACCGAUUACCCAACCUUUUGUGAGAGUACAAGUCCUCUUCAAUGUGGCUCAUCCAUUGAAGAAAUCCAGAGUUCUUGACCUUGGAGGUGGCAAAACGGCGACUAUUCUUUUUCAUUACGAGAAAGUGCAGAAGCGGUGUUUUACCUGCCAACGGCUCAACCAUGAGAAGCAGGUCUGUCCCCUGGAAGUGAGGAAAAGACGGGAAGAAGCAUCCUUGAGAAGAGAAAAGAGACUCAUAGAACUAAACCAAAAGCUUCCAGUGCUAUCAGAUGACGACCCUCUUCAUGGAGUCUUAGAAGAGUCGCAAGUUGGAACCAACCCCCUCACAGGAAGACCUAAGAUAGCUAAAGAAGUUCUGGAGGAGAUGAGAACUUAUCUCAUGACGGAUACUGGAGAAGCUAUUACGGUUAAAGAAGAUCGAGUGAGGAAAUCUGUGAGGGAAACUGAAAAAGAUCCGGUGGCGCAAAAAGCCUUUCUCUGUCUGGAACCUGUGCCGGUUUUCACUAAAGAUGUUAACAAGGGUAAGGGUCCAGUGUUUGACUAUGGAGACAAAGAAAUGGAGAGAAGAGAUUUGGAUCUCAAUGUCAACCCAAAUAAGCUGAUGGCUGGAGCUUUCAAAGCAUUCAGGCCUUCUCACUCAUCAUCCGCGAUCUUUGCUGGAAGCUGGGAGUCAGAUGAGAGCAGCGCUGCAAGUUCUUUGAAGCCUCUCUCUGAUAAUCCAACGGUAUUUAUGACUGGCUCCUUUGGGGCUGGUUCAACCGGGAUUGUUAGAAAGAACCCUUCGUCAAGAAAAAGGCCUCCAAAAUAUAUCAGGAAAGCUCGUUCAUCAGGAGCAGCUAACCAGAGGAUGGAGAACUAUGGGGAUAGAAGAGAAGGAAAGCAAGAAGUGGGAAGUAAGAAGAGAAAGAUAACGGUUCAAGUGGAAGGAGGUCUGUCAAUCACUAAGGCGAAGAGCCUAAAGGUGGUCCCAAAUGAGGGACUGCCCAAGCCCCAAUGA